CUGGACUCAGAUAACAUACACAAACAGAUAGAGGACAAACCGACAACCGCAAGAAUUCAGACAGGCGUUCAGGAAAGAAACAUUGCUACGUUGUCACUUGUCAGCAAUCGCGCAUCUUCUUCUUGUGUAACAUGAGGGUUCAUGAUAAAUCACAUACUGACAGUCCUGGACCUGGUACACAGAUCAAAUGUUGGCAGACAGAUAGACUCUGAGUUUUUUUUUUUUUUUUUUGCUAUUUUCCUGCAUGAUGGAGAAGUAUCUGUGCACCAGUGCCUGUAUCUCUUUGCCCAGAGCAAGAAGCCAUCAUACCAUCUGUGAGAUGAGGAAAUUGAGAGGGUCUCUAACAUCUAGAAGAUGAACAAUAGAACUGGGCUGAUGCAUUUGGGUGCGAUUGUCCCAUCAAGUGCUUCACUUCUUUGAAGUUCCUCCGAGGGGGACAGAUUUUUCCCUGCAAGAAAAAAAGGCAAUAGAAGGCCAAAGGCUACGAAAACUGGAGCAUUUCCAACUUCCAAUUCCCUCAGGACGUUUUUUUUUCCCACCUAGGCUUCAAGAAGGAACCACAUGUGAAGACUGAUGGGGCAAGAGCUCAGCAUUGCUUACCAGAGAAUCGGCUCCGCUGCAUCACCGCAGAGACUCCACAUCCCAGUAGGAGUGAGACUGAGGUAAAGAACCAAAGAGAAAGUGAGAGGGAAUCUGAGUAAUCUCCAUCCACUCCCCCCUCCCCACAUUGGGACCUUCUUCAGUUGCCCUCUGGUACCCCCCACGGGGCAGGAAGCGUGAAAAAUCUCACUAAUGGGUUUAUUUGCUGUCAGCUCAGCGACGACCUGUCAUUUCCCAGGACUACUCCACACUUGACACAUUUCAUAGUCGAGUAAGCUCCGCUUUGUUUUUGCCAAAGGAGCUUGAGCCCCUGCCUCAUACUGCUGGCUGUUGAGAAGAUCAAGACUAGGCUGAGGUAUCAGGUGGAGUGGACAAGUCCCUUAAUCACUUUGCCUGCCUAUUACAGUAUUUUUGUUCCAGUGAGGUCAAGCGUGUGGGACAUCUUGCUGGUUUUUUUUUAUAUUUCUCAAAGUCGAGAACUUCCUGCAAAGAGAGAGACUGUGAGAGAGUCUGCUUUCUGACCCAACCACGGUCUCCUGGCUGGUGGGCUGAAGAUGCGUUGCUGGCUGCUAGCUGUGGUGACGGCAGUGCUCUGGAGCCAGUGCAUCCUUCUAGGGUGGGCCGAGGGCAGGAAGGUGCGUAAGAAGCCGAAGGAACUCGCUCCGCAGCACACCGAAGCAUUCAACACCACUCUGUCCAACAGCGAGGAGCUGGAUGGCAGCACAAAGGUCAGUGAGAACCAGAGAGUGGACCCUCUUGGAUCAUGGAUGGAUUUUGUGAAGAGACCUGUGGGCAACUUUCCCGGAAAAUGUCGAAAGCGAAAACGACCACUGCCUGGUCCCCCGGGCCCUCCUGGUCCUCCGGGGCCUCAGGGACCCCCAGGAUCCCCUGGGGCAGAGGUCACUCAAGAGGUCCUGCUGCGAGAGUUCAAAGAAAUGAUCAAAGAGGCCACAGAGAGGCGAGCAGCAGUGGACAGGCCCAACGAACCCAGUCAGCUGCCCACGGCUCUGAUUACUCUUGAGGGUAUGACCUCCUACAGGAGAAUUGAGGAAGCCUUUCACUGCAAACUCAAAGGUCCUGUCAUCGUGGAUAAAAAGACUCUGGCAGAGUUGCAGAACUUUCAGACACCGCCCGCCAAAGGUGCCUUUCUCAGAGGGACGGGGAUGGAUCAGUCCACUGGCCGAUUUACAGCUCCUGUAACUGGAAUUUAUCAGUUCUCUGCCAAUGUUCAUAUUGACCACACAGAGGUGAAGAGAAGUAAGAACCAGCUGAGAGCCAGAGACAAUGUCCGAGUUUUGAUCUGCAUUGAGUCCCUCUGCCACAGAUAUACAUCCUUGGAAAUGAUUGUUGGCCUUGAGAGUAACAGCAAGAUCUUUACAGUAUCUGUCCAUGGACUGCUGGAACUUCAGGCCGGGCAGUACACCUCCAUAUUUGUGGACAAUGCAGCUGGAGCAUCGAUCACAAUACAGAACGGUUCAGAUUUCAUGGGCAUGUUGUUGGGGGUAUAGCCUUGUUUUACAGCCAGACUAUAUCUGGCCGGCCACAUAAGACUGCAUUGCUCCUCUUCGGACUCCAGCACCAUAUAUCCUCGUGAGACAAUAUUUGACUGCCACAGAGCUCUUGGUUUGUUCAUAGAAGAGACAUGGACAUAUUAAUACCCACAAAGCAGAGACAAUUGGAUUGUGUUGAAAGACUUUACGGAGGACAGUGGAUCCACAUCUGCCUUUCUCAUGUGCGUCUACAGUGAGGUUUUUACCUCUUCGGAAAGAUCAUUUCUCACUGUUUUUAUUCCUAUUUUGUGAUAUAUAGAUGUAUACAAAGAGAUUUUUGUACUUUGACAUUGUGUUAUUAUGCUCUUCUUAAUUAAUAGUGUUUAUAUACAGAGUGUUUAUAUACACAAUUUGUUUUCUAUGAUGAGAGGUUUCCUACAAUACAAUACAAGAGCUAAUCUAAGGAUUUUAUGAUCUUUUGGAGUUGUUACCCAAAAUACACACCUACUUUUACGCAAACAUGCCUUUAUUUUUUAGAUAUAACAAGCCUGACAGUUAUUAUUUACUAUGCAGCUCCAAAAACAUGUUGUAGUGACUGGAUUAUUGAUAAAAGAACAUAUUUUCCAUUAUACUCAGCCAAAAGAAGGAAACGGCCAAAUACAAGAAAAGAAACGAGAUGGAUGACUCAGUCUAUUUUUAUGUUCAAUCGCUAACAGUCCCAAACAAUAGUGUUUAUCCAAGAGUGUGUGUGUGUGAGUGUGUGUUUGGAAAGCUACUGCCAUGAUCGAUUAGAUAUGUUAGAGUCCUGCUGAGUUUUCAUUUUGUUUACUGAAAUGCCAAAUACGUCAUCCGAAUUCUGUUUUUCACGUUUCCAUGGACGUUUAUUCUUUGUUUCUUUGAGAUGUGUUGCUCUUCAUCCUUUCUUCCAAAUGUCUUCUUUUUUUAUUACCUUCAGUAAAUACAGAAAUUAAGAUGCACAUAUACAUAUAUUAGCAUUUUUGCCAUACAAAUUAUUUAUGUUGAAAUGUAUCUGCCAAUUAAAAUAGAUUUAUUUUUUUAAUUGGUGUCUAGCCUUCCAGUAGAUCUCAAUACAAGUGAAAAUAAUGUAAGCAGACCUGUUUAAACAUACAGUAUUUACUUGUAUUGUGGUGUAAUGGAAAUGAAAGUAUAUUCAAUAAAUGUAAAAUAUAUCUAUUCACCUGGG